UGUAAUUCGAAUUUAAAUGCAAGAAUAGUUGUAAACGUUUUCUCCCAAAACAAUCUGUAUGUCAAGAGGGAGUGGAGAGGUGGAACCCUAUAUAGUAAAAAAAAUAACACAACCAAGCGCAUUCCUGAGCGCUUACCCGGGCACCAGGUAGCAAGCUCGUACCGGCCGAGACUCACAGGAUCGUCCAUCACCUCCCGUACAGUAGAGCUCAGUGCAGCUGCAGUCCUACGAGAAGACGCAGGACGUCCUCAUGACAUUAAAGACGAACACAUAGCGGACUCUAUGUGUGGCGGAACGUUGUGGAUUACUACUGGAGAGAGACUCAAUAAGCCGUGUUGUCGUGCGUAAAGUGACGCGCGUAGGAUGAUUAAGUUUCUCACGGUUGCUAUCCUCCUGGUGUGGGCAGUCCGGGGGCGAGUCGUCCACAGGAGGAACACGCCGUGCCCGGACGCCUGCGAUGCGUCAAGGUGCCCCUCUGCCCCCGCGUCCUGCUCAUACGGGCUGACCAAAGACCGCUGCGCCUGCUGCUCCAUCUGCGCGGCCGGAGAGGGCGACUCGUGCGGGGCGGGAGCCGCGGAGUGGACCGGGGAGGCGUGCGGGGACGGGUUGGUGUGCGGUUACGCAGCGGAGGGGGACCGCAGUGAGCGCAGUGCGUGCGUGUGCGUGUCCGGCGGCCUGGUGUGUGGCAGCGACGGGCGGACCUACCCGAGCCUCUGCCGCCUGAGAGCGGAGAACAGGAGGGCCGAGUUCGGCAGGGGCCCUUCGGUCAUCCUAAUGGAGAGGGGCCAAUGCGGUGCAGGCACCAGGCAUCCUGAGAGCAUGCGCUACAAAUUCAACUUCAUCGCUGACGUGGUGGACAAGAUCGCCCCGGCGGUGGUCCACCUGGAGCUCUUCAGAAGCGUGCCGUUCUCUGAGCAGGACGUCCCGGUGUCCAGCGGGUCAGGGUUCAUCGUGUCCGAGGACGGCUGGAUCGUCACCAACGCCCACGUGGUGGCCAACAAGAGGUGCAUCAGGGUGGAGCUUCAGAGCGGCGUGCGCUACGACGCCACCAUCACCGACGUGGACAACAAGCUCGACGUAGCGCUCAUCAAGAUCGACUCUGAGUACCCGCUGCCGGUGCUUCAGCUGGGCCGGUCAUCGGACCUGCGGCCAGGGGAGUUUGUGGUGGCCAUCGGCAGCCCCUUCUCCCUGCAGAACACGGUGACCACGGGGAUCAUCAGCACGGCCCAGAGACACGGAGCCGAGCUGGGCCUCACCGACUCCACCAUGGAGUACAUCCAGACGGACGCCAUCAUCAACUACGGGAACUCAGGAGGCCCUCUGGUGAACCUGGACGGCGAUGUAAUAGGCAUUAACACCCUCAAAGUCACCGCGGGGAUAUCCUUCGCCAUCCCCGCCGACAAGAUACGGCAGUUCCUCGCCGAGUCCUACGACAGACAGACCAAGGGAAGUACAAAGUCGAAGAAGAAGUACAUAGGAGUCCGCAUGCUGCAGCUGUCCCCAUCGAUGAUCCGGGGUCUGAGAGAACGGAGCCCAGACUUCCCCGACGUCACCUCCGGGGUCUACGUCUAUGAGGCCAUCACGGGGGCCGCGGCUGACAGAGCGGGUGUGAUGACCCAUGACGUCAUCCUGAGGAUCAACGGACGGGCGGUGGAAACCACGCAGGACGUGAGCGAGGCCGUUGCCAACGACGACCUACUCUCCGUGGUGCUGAGGAGAGGAGACCGAGACGUCACGCUCACCAUCGUACCGGCCCAGAUAGAUGGGUAGACCCACAGACAGACGGGUAGACCCACAGACAGACGGGUAGACCCACAGAUAGACGGGUAGAUCCAGAUGGGUAGCUCAAGAGACAGUCGGGGAGACGAGAGACAAACGGGUAGAACGAGAGACAGACGGGGAGACGAGAGACAGAUGGGUAAAAUGAGAGACAGACGGGUAGAUUGCAAGAGACAGGUAGAACGAGAGACAGACGGGUAGAAUGAUAGACGGGUAGACAGAGACAGACGGGUAAAACAAGAGAUAGACAGGUAGACUGUGAGACAGAUGGGUAGAAUGAGAGACUAGUUGAUCUCUCCUCUAUGCAUGCUGCCUGUGAUAUAUGUUGGAUUGAUUCUCUUGAAUAUACUGUAUAAUAUUAGGUGAUUACAGAGGUGUUUUACGAAUGUACCAGUCCCGAGUUCUUCUGAGUUCAGGGUUAGUACGAUACAAUGACGUUGGGUAUAUUACAUUGCUUCUUCGAAUGCCCUAAAGAAGUAGAAAAUGAAGGUUAUUUUGGAUGGGGCUCAUUUUUGCAUUGACAGUCUCGUGUACAUGAGAUCCAUGUCCACCUGUAAAGUGUAAAGGACUGAACAUGCAUACUUUGAGACAAAGCUACCAUACUCGUAUCUGUUUAGACCAUUUUAUAUGUACAGAAAAGGCAAUAAAGUUUAUAACUGGAUUAGAAAAACUUUGUCAACGGUCAAACUUAAAGGUAUCACAGCUGUGUUCUCAAAAGGUCUUAAUCGAAUGGACUGCAUUUAUACAGGGUUUUCCUAACCAGUGGCCACUCAAAGUGCUUUACAAAAUUGCCUGUCGUCAAUUCAUGCACACAUUCAGACACCGACAGCGGUGUCAACCACGCAAGGCGACAGCCAGCUUGUUGGGAGUCAGGGUGAGGUGUCGUGCUCAGGGACACCUCGACACUAAAAGGGGGUCUGAACAAGCAACCAUCCAGCCCACUCCACCUCCUGAGCCACAUGCCGGCCCCGUCAAAACCAGUUUGAGAAAGACCUCAGCCAACUGCCCACAUCUUCCCCGGA